AAUAAAGCUCCAAUUGCUUUUCCUGUCUUUAUAAUAUCCCUUCUUUUCUCUUUCUCAGUGGGCAAUGUCCUUUGCAUAACUGUACAAGAUUAAUAAUGAAGAUUGCAAUUGCAGACACAUUUCUGACUAAAAGCAAAGCACACAGAUGCACAAAAAGCACUUCCUCCCACUCCAGAAAAAGCACGUAUGACCAAUCAACCAAAGAAAAAAAAACCAAAGAAAAAAGGGGAAAAAUCCCAUCAAAAUUCGUUUCUUGCUUCUUCAGAAACCGAAAGAAAAAGAAAAGCCACUAUUUGCCAUUGCCCCGCCUUUUCGCCAAAGUAUCUAGUGCUCAUAUAUAUAUAUACUUUCAUGUUCAUGUAGAGAUGGGAAUUUGCACUUUCUUGAGCAUCACUCUAGUUAUUGUUGCUCUGAAUCUUCAUCAUCUCGAUUAUCAUCAUAAUCAUUUAGUGGUGAUAGUGGUUGUGGUGGUGGAGUUAUGGCGAGUUCGAGUGGGACGAGGAAUGAUGAAGGGGAAGGCGGGGGGCCUCGGCGGAGUUACACUAGGCUUCCCACAUAUUUGGACCAAAAUGACGGCGACAGAAACGUAGCCGACAGCGAGUUGGUGCCAUCGUCCUUGGCCGUCAUUGCUCCUACUCUCAGGGUCGCUAAUGAGAUUGAAAAUGACAAUCCCGGGAUUGCUUUUCAUUGCCGCUUCCGUGCAUUCGAAAGAGCUCACAGGAUGGAUCCAAGUUCAACUGGCCGUGGUGUUCGUCAGUUUAAGACCUACCUGUUGCGCAAACUUGAAAGGGAUGAAGAACAGGGUAGAGGACCAGAAACUGAUCCCAGAAAAGUCCUAAGAUAUUACAAGAACUACUAUGAGCAAAACAUUAGAGAGGGCCAGUAUACAAAAAGACCAGAGGAGAUGGCUAAGAUGUGCCAGGUUGCAACUGUAUUGUAUGAUGUGAUCAAGGCAAUGCUACCUUCUCACAGGAUUGACCCUGAGAUACACCGAUACGCUGAAGAUGUUGAGCAGAAGAGAGAACAAUAUGAGCACUAUAACAUUCUUCCAUUAUAUGCAGUUGGAAUUAAACCAGCGGUUAUGGAACUUCCCGAGAUUAAUGCAGCACAUCGAGCUUUACAGAAUGUGGUUAAUCUUCCUCCAAUCCGGAUGCCAGAGAACAAGUAUAAAUCAGUUAACGAUAUUCUUGAAUGGCUUUACCUCGUCUUUGGCUUUCAGAAGGGAAAUGUAGCAAAUCAACGAGAACACUUGAUAUUAUUGCUUGCAAAUAUGGACAUACGAGAUAGGGUGGAUGACCAUUAUGAGCUGUUGGGUGAUGACUCAGUCCAGAGACUACUGGAUAAAAUCUUCAAAAAUUAUCAGUCGUGGUGCAAAUAUUUACACUGGCCCUCUAAUCUCAUAUUUCCUGAUGGUUCAAACAAGCAACAGUUGCAGCUGCUAUACAUUGGACUUUAUCUUCUUAUCUGGGGUGAAGCUUCGAAUAUUCGUUUCAUGCCAGAGUGCCUCUGUUAUAUUUUCCACAAUAUGGCAAAGGAGGUACAAGGAAUUUUAUUUGAUGAUACUCACGCUGUCACUGGAGGUGCAUAUCAAGUAGCAUCACGUAGUGAGGAGCAUUUCCUGCAGGAGGUUAUAACUCCUUUAUACGAUGUCCUGCGGAAGGAAGUCAGGAGAAACAGAAAUGGAAAAGCAAGUCAUUCAGUGUGGAGAAACUAUGAUGACCUAAAUGAGUACUUUUGGUCAGGAAAAUGCCAUAAGUUAGACUGGCCAUUGGAUAAAAAAUCACAUUUUUUUGUGCAUUCGGAUGAUAAACAGCCAGAAAAUGUGAGUGGUGGUCACCAUGUUGGAGCAAGAAAAAGAAAGCCCAAGACGAAUUUUGUUGAAGUCCGAACAUUUUGGCACCUUUACAGAAGUUUUGAUCGACUGUGGAUCUUUUUUAUUUUGGCUCUCCAGGCAAUGAUUAUUGUUGCAUGGCAUGGGGACGGGUCCUUAGCUGGAAUUUUUGAUGCAGAUGUGAUAAGGAGCGUUUUGAGCAUUUUCAUUACCGCUGCUGUUCUAAAUUUUCUGCGAGCAACUCUGGAUAUAGUUCUUAGCUUGCGUGCAUGGAGGAGCUUGAAAUGUAACCAGAUAUUUCGCUACCUCCUGAAAUUUGCAGUUGCAGCUUUCUGGGUUGUAGUCAUGCCAGUUGCAUACUCUAGAUCUGUUGAGAAUCCAACUGGACUUGUCAGGUUUUUUAGUAAUCUUGGAGGAUCUUGGCUCUACCAGUCACUCUAUAACUAUUGUGUUGCAAUCUACUUAAUACCAAACAUAUUGGCUGCUGUCCUAUUUCUGGUUCCUUAUUUGCGGAGAACCCUGGAGCGUUCGAAUAAUUAUGUCAUUAUCCUUCUAAUGUGGUGGGCUCAACCAAAGCUAUAUGUUGGAAGAGGCAUGCAUGAAGACAUGUUCUCGCUUCUGAAGUACACAUUUUUCUGGAUAAUGUUGGUGAUAAGCAAGUUAGCAUUCAGCUACUAUGUUGAGAUUUUGCCACUGGUUGAACCAACUAAGGUCAUAAUGGAUUUGAGAGUUGGUAAUUAUGAAUGGCAUGAGUUCUUCCCGCAUGGUAAUUAUAAUAUCGGUGUUGUGAUUGCUAUCUGGGCUCCAAUCAUCCUGGUUUAUCUCAUGGAUACACAAAUUUGGUAUGCUAUAUUCUAUACAAUUAUUGGCGGUAUAUAUGGAGUGUUCAGCCACCUUGGCGAGAUAAGGACAUUGGGAAUGUUAAGGUCAAGAUUUGAAGCUAUUCCUUCUGCUUUCAUUGACUGUCUUGUGCCAUCUUCAGAAGAGGAAAUCAAACAACGUAAGCAGGAAACUUCAUUGGAUAGAAAGAGUGUUUCAAAAUUUUCUCAGGUGUGGAAUGAGUUCAUACUAUCGAUGCGAAUGGAGGAUUUGAUCACCAACAGGGAGAGAGAUUUGCUGCUUGUACCAUAUGUGGCAAGUGACAUCUCUGUGAUCCAGUGGCCGCCUUUCUUGCUUGCUAGUAAGAUUCCGAUAGCGCUAGACAUGGCAAAAGAUUAUAAAGGAAAGGAUGAUAUUGACCUGUUCAACAAGAUUGCCAGUGAUGACUUUAUGCGUUCAGCUGUCACUGAAUGCUAUCAGACACUCGGAUAUAUAUUAGAGAGCCUUUUCAGAGAGAGCGAGGAUAAACAGAUCAUUAAUUGGAUACGUCAUGAGGUACAUGAGAGCAUGAAGGGAGGGAGAUUUUUGAGCGAGUUCCAAAUGAGUGGGCUGCCUUUUCUCAAUGAUAAGCUAGAGAGAUUAUUAUUUCUUUUGACAACAGAUCAUGAGGACAGGGAGCUAUAUAAAUCCCAGGUUGUCAAUGUUGUUCAGGAUAUUGUGGAGAUUAUCACUCAUGACAUUAUGUAUAAGGGACAUGAGAUCGUAAGUAGAGAUCCACCAGGGAACCAGAAUGAGAGAAAAGAGCAGAGGUUUGAAAACAUGAACUUUGAGCUCACUCAGCACAGAGAUUGGAGAGAAAAGGCUGUCAGGCUUCAUUUACUUCUGACUGUGAAGGAGUCUGCAAUAAAUGUGCCUACGAAUUUGGAAGCUCGUCGUCGAAUCACUUUCUUUGCAAACUCCCUUUUUAUGAACAUGCCAAGUGCUCCAAAAGUUCGCAACAUGCUCUCUUUUAGCAUCUUGACUCCAUAUUAUAGGGAAGAUGUUUUCUAUUCAGAAGAGGAGCUUAACCAGGAAAAUGAAGAUGGAAUCUCAAUUUUAUUUUACCUUCAGAAAAUAUAUCCUGAUGAAUGGAGAAAUUUUGAAGAAAGAUUGAAUGAUUCAAAGUUUGGAUACACUGAGAGAGACAGACCAGAAUUGAUACGCCAGUGGGUAUCUUAUCGCGGGCAGACGCUAUCCAGAACAGUCAGAGGGAUGAUGUACCACAGGGAAGCUCUAGAGCUCCAAUGUUUUCUGGAUGAUGCUAAUGAGAAUGAAAUAUUUGCCAGUUAUCGUGCAGUUGUGCGCCAUGAAUCUCAAAGGAAGCUUAAGAGGCGUUCACAAGCUUUGGCAGAUUUGAAGUUUACCUAUGUUGUGUCUUGUCAAAUCUAUGGUGCUCAGAAGAAAUCCAGUGAAAGUCGAGAUCGUAGUUGUUAUGUUAACAUUCUCAAUCUCAUGUUGACGUAUCCAUCUCUUCGUGUUGCUUAUAUAGAUGAAGUAGAGGACACAAUUGCUGGGAAAUCUGUCAAGCAUUAUUAUUCUGUUCUUGUUAAGGGAGGGAAUAAGUUGGAUGAGGAAAUCUACCGUAUUAAACUUCCUGGGCCUCCAACAGAAAUUGGUGAAGGGAAACCUGAAAAUCAAAAUCAUGCCAUUAUAUUUACCCGUGGAGAAGCCUUGCAGACUAUAGACAUGAAUCAGGACAACUAUUUUGAGGAAGCAUUCAAAAUGAGAAAUGUAUUGGAGGAACUUCUAAAGAUUCAUCAUGGACAACGAACACCAACAAUAUUGGGACUGAGGGAGCAUAUAUUUACUGGAAGUGUUUCUUCACUUGCUUGGUUCAUGUCCAAUCAGGAAACAAGUUUUGUGACUAUUGGACAGCGAAUUUUGGCUAACCCUCUCAGGGUACGGUUCCACUACGGACAUCCUGAUAUUUUCGAUAGAAUCUUUCAUAUAACCAGGGGUGGCAUAAGCAAGGCAUCAAAAAUUAUUAACUUGAGCGAAGAUAUAUUUGCAGGUUACAAUUCAACUCUGAGAGGGGGAUAUGUAACGCAUCAUGAAUACAUUCAGGUGGGGAAAGGGCGUGAUGUGGGGAUGAAUCAGAUAUCUCAAUUUGAGGCAAAAGUUGCAAAUGGAAAUGGAGAACUUUGUAAGAAUAUAAAGAUUUUGAGUAAAUCUUUUUAG